GACGAAAACGACGAAGACUACGACGAAAAUAAUGACGACGACUACGACCCGCUGAAGAAAGCCGAUGUCCAGGACGACGACAGCGAAAUGUCCGAGGACGAGGCCCAGCCAGACUACUCUGCAAUCAGCACCGACGUCAGCCAGGUGCGGACCCGCGGCCAAAGGUACCAGGAGAAAGCGGAGCAGAAAAACGGGAAAACUCACCAAGACGGCUUGCUUGAAGACAGCCUGAAGGUCGAUGUAGACGAGAUCUUCCAGAGCCUCCAGACGCUGUCUGCGGACGACUGGGCGCGGAUGGUGCGCCACGACGAUGCCACGCCAGAGCCCCGUGGAAAGGACGAAAAGCCAGCGGCGGCUCUUGCCGAAAACACGCAUCCUGAGGCCGAGGAGAAGAUCCGCAUUUUCACCACGUACACAUUUGCAGGCAAGCUCGUGCGCGAGUCCAAGUUCGUGGAUGCCAACUCGGCCGAGGCCAAGGCCUACUUGAACUCCACCAACAGCCUUGCGCUGCAGGAGCAGUCUGCUGGCCCCCGCAAGAGCUACGUGCCGGUCUUGCGCAAAGUGGCCGGCAGUGACGAGGAGAAGCAGUUGCGCAUCAAGUUGAAGCGGCCCUCGCUCAUCGACAAGUUUCUUAUGGGCGACAAGCAGAACAAGUUGACGACCUUGGAGAAGUCCCGGCUAGACUGGGCCUCGUUUGUCGACAAGAAGAAGCUCAAGGACGACUUGGCCAUCCACAACAAAGGCGGGUACUUGGAGAAACAAGACUUUUUGGGCCGCGUGGAGGCAAAGCGGGACACGCAGUACCAGCAGGCCCGCGAGCUCGACCGCCAACGGCAGUGGCAG